AGUCACAUUAGCUACCCAAUACAAUACUCACAAAGUAUCUUAUUAUUAAACGAUAAUCUAUCUAUUUACAUACACAUAUUUCUGAUGCUGCAUAUUUAUGUGUAAUUUCUAAAACAUUAUAUGUUUCUAUUAUUCAGAUGUAUAAAGGGUGAACCAACCAUUGAAGAAUACUAUGAUUUAUAUUCAGAAGCUGAGACAUACAACAACCAAAUAUCAGAGGCAAUUUUGCAGUCUCCUAGUGCCCAACAGUUUCUCAAUAGGGGAAGAGUUGUAAUUGUAAAAUCAGAAUCAGCGCAGGACCAUUUGCUUGGAGUGGUUGUGAAAACUCCAUCACCCAGUAAUAAGACAUAUAUUGUUUUCGUGAUUAAACCUGAGAUGCCAUCCUUGAUGCAAAGUGCCUCCAGUGGUGCUAUGCAGAAUAAAAGUGGGUCAUUCGACCAAGGUUAUUUUGUAAUGCCAAAAUCAAGACGUGGGCUUUUAGAUGAAUAUAGUACAUCUGUUUCUGCCCGCAAAGGAAAAGGUAUCAUCAACAUCACAAUGCCCUAUUGUGGCUCUGCCAGUGGAAUGGGUUAUGAAGUUCGAGAAGUUGACAGUAAAGAGUUUCUGUGCAUAUGCAGUACCAAAAUUAAAAUUGACCCAGUUGGACUUCUUGAAGAUGUUAGCAGCUCUGUUUAUUCAAAGACUGUUCAGUUGCUUGUGGAUUUGAAAUCAGAUGGAAAUAAGUAUCCUCCAGCUUUGGAUCCCGUCAAAGAGCUGAAGUUAAGAGAUGUGAAGCUUGUGGCAAAAUACCAAAAGUGGACUAGAUUAUUGGAGAAGAUGUCCCAGAAUCAGUGUCAUGGGUGUAUAAAAUUGGAAGAACACCUCAAAUUGGCGAAGGAGAUUAAAAAACAUGAAGAAGAAGUCUAUGCUCUUCAGUUUCAAAUGUCAGAUGAAGCACUUAAACAGAUGCCUGACUUUCAGGGCCGGAUAGAUGUUCUGAAGAAAAUUGAAUGCAUUGAUGAAGACCUUGUUGUUCAAAUGAAAGGUCGUGUUGCUUGUGAGAUGAAUUCUGGGGAGGAACUGAUAUGCACGGAGUGCUUGUUUGAGAACCAAAUGGAUGAACUGGAACCAGAAGAAGCAGUGGCGAUAAUGUCCGCUUUUGUGUUCCAACAGAGGAAUACGUCUGAACCGUCACUCACACCCAAGCUCGCGGAAGCUAAACAAAGAUUGUACAAAACAGCUUUAAGACUUGGAGAGCUCCAAGCGCAAUUUAAUCUGCCAAUAAACCCUGCUGAGUAUGCCCAAGAAAAUCUAAAAUUUGGUCUUGUAGAAGUGGUUUAUGAAUGGGCAAAGGGUACUCCGUUUGCUGAAAUAUGUGAGCUUACUGAUGUUCCUGAAGGCCUGAUAGUAAGGACCAUUGUCAGAUUGGACGAGACAUGUCGGGAAUUCAAAAAUGCUGCAGCAAUAAUGGGUAAUUCUGCUAUCUGCAAAAAAAUGGAAAUUGCUUCUAAUGCAAUAAAGCGUGACAUUGUAUUUGCGGCUAGCUUGUAUAUUACUGGUGUAUGAUCAUUACUGAACAUGCUGAUUUUUUCGAGUUUAGAACAGAUACUUGCAUAUUGAGUGAUGCUUUGUAUAUAAUUAAUUCCUCGCAUAAAAUGUAUGCUCCUUAA